AUGAUAGUGCUUAAUGUGGAUGACUACCAUAACAUCGACUGGAAACGGCGGGCUGAUAAUGCAACGAUCUCUGAAGUUCAUCAUCUCCGCACUAUCCUGUUGAAAGCAGCACCUGGGAUUCCAGCUCUUCCAUUUAUGAACUUGCGUACAGGCAAAGAUAUUAUUAAUCCAAAUGGUAUUGAUUCUGAUAUUAUGAUCGGAAAAGUGCAUCAUUCAAUUUUUCUACAUUUUUGGUUAACGUAUAAUGAGCGUAAAAUGGCAUUUGCUAGAGAAUUACCCGAAGCAUCUAACCAUGAUGAGCAUAUAGAGAUGCUUUUAAUUCAUAGCAGAUUAAUACACCGACGAGCAGAUAGAAGUAUGAACAAUACUAAACUUGUAAAUUUAGUAGAAGGAAGCUUACAAAAUGGGAAAUUCAG